AUGGAACAUUUCAACAUGAUCAACGCCUCACAGGACAACAACUCUGACCACCACAACAUCACCGACGACAACUGUGAUUUCAGCCAAAUGUUUGCCUUUGAAAAUUUUGAAAAAUUUGGAUUUGCCGUGCAGGUGGUGAUGUACAUUACCAUUUCUAUCACCCUUUUUUUGACCAUCUGGGCCAUCUUUGCUGUUUAUCGUCAGGUGCGAAACGAUCAUGUUGCUCCCAUCUACAUCAUCAACCUCCUCAUUUCCGACGUCAUUCAGCUCUGCAGCAUUAUCAUUUGGGAGGCACCAAUUCAGGAACGGAUGAUAUUUAUAAUCUUGCCUUAUUCUUACAACUUUGGUGUGAGUGCCAGUGUUUGCUUCAUGGUGUGUGUCGCCGUGGAAAGGUAUUUGAUCGUCUCCUGCCCACUGUGGUACCGCUUUAGACGGACCAUCAAGAGCUCUGUGGUGGUCUGUGUCGUGGUCUGGGUUCUUCCUCUUGUCUUUCUCCUCACUUCCCGUUUCUGGAAUUACACAGGAAUCUUCUUCGCAGUUUCCCUCCUCAUUCCCCUCCCAGUGUUCAUAUUCUGUCUGGGUGGGACCCUCAAAGCCCUGUCUGCCAGCACUGUCCCCUCUGAUGAAAAGCGACGAAUUCUGGGAAUCUUGGUCCUGGUGCUGCUCAUUUACACGCUGCUGUUCCUGCCCAGAAUCAUUUCCUUCCUUGCAGACAAAAACAUAUAUAAUUAUAAAUUUCACCGGCUGUCUCUUUUGUUUCUCAAGUUAAGUCCUCUGGCAGACUUAGUCCUGUAUGUUUUCAUGAGGAAGGGGGCCAUAGACAAGCUUCUGGCCGCUGUGUGUUGUUGCAGAACGGACAGUAAUGAUACCAACAAACCAGCAGUUUGAACGAUGCCAACAUUUACACAGUCAGCUUCAUGCAGGCAGAGAAAGAGGGAGAGAGAGAGAGAAAGGGGAGGAAACAGAGACAAACAGGAAG